AUGGCGAGAUUCUCCAUCACGUUUUUAUGGAUAGCAGCAGCGUCGAUAUCAGUUGAAGCAACCGGGCCAAAGGAAGACAUGGUUUUAAGGAACUUUCAAAAUAUCUUCGCUGUUUCUGUGUCCGCAAACAUAGACCUGCUGUGGGCACAGAAAACUGGCAUCAAAACCAAACUGAGAUGUGCGUCUGCCUGUAUGGAGCUCGGAUGUAGUUGUGGCUCAUUCCUAUAUGACGGUCCGAGUGGUGGAAUUUGUUAUAUGUUCUCCAAGACUCUGAGCAGUGGAUCAGGAAACAUCAAUGGGGCCAACAAGAGCACAGAAUGCGUCCUACCCAAAGCUCUAUCGAAUGCUAUCCUGCUGGACUACACGGGGUGUACUGCUACAUAUGACUGUGAAUUUGGGUACACAUCUGAAGCGUCCAAAGACCCAGGAAAGCUCAUCUGUCAAACAAACGAAACUUGGGGUCCAAGCGACUACGCAUGCGUGGAAAUACCAUGUCCACCUCCGGAAACUUUAAAGGAUGGAACUUCGGAAGUGACGUCAUUACAGGUGGGAGGAGUCGCUAUCUAUACCUGUAACAGUGACUACAUCAACAGAGGCGGGUCGGAGGACACACUGACGUGCAAGUUGGGAGGGGCGUGGUCAGGUCACAUUGACAUGAGCUGUUUUCCCGUCAAAGUCAUGUACACAUUCAACGUGAGGACUUCAGAUAAGAAGGACGUGGGUAAAGGCAGAGAUGUGUAUGUGGUACUCACAGGACGUUACGGAACCACACGUAUUGACUUCAACAUCAACUUUCCACGCGGAACAACACAAACAUUUACAGGCUCCUUUACAGACGUCGGGAGUCUAACACGAGUGGUGGUGGGACAUAAUAGCGGUAACAGUCCCCCGUGGCGUCUUUCCUCCGUGAGCAUUAUUUUUUCCGUAUUCUAA